UUCACUCGAUUCGUAACACUCUUUGUAGCCCUGGAACCUGGCUGUCAUAGUGAAAAUUCUUGUGAAAAAUAAAUAAUUGUUAAAGCGAGACCCUCUGGGGCGAUGGAUAGGCAUAUGCGUGAAUUAAUUGGAGUUCUUUUACUUCCGCAGUGCUCAUCGAUGGCGUGGACACUUCGGCAAUGACCCGGGACCAGCUGGAGGCCUUUGCCCUCCGGCUGAAAGCGGAAAUGGAUCGGGAGAGGGAGGAGCGCAACUACUUCCAGUUGGAGCGGGACAAGAUUCGCACCUUCUGGGAGAUAACACGCCAGCAGCUAGAUGAGACCCGCUAUGAGCUGCAGCAGAAGGACAAGGAGAUCGAGGCCACCCAGGACUUGGCGGACAUCGACACCAAGCAUGUGAUGCAGCAAAUGAAGCACCUCCAGUUCGAGAAUCACAACAAACUGGGCGAGGUCCGGGCGGAGGCGAUGACCCAACUCAAACUAGCCCAGGAGCACCAUGUCCUCCAGGAGAACGAGCUGCAGCGGGACAAGCGCCAGCUCCGCAGGAUGCUCCGCGAGAGGAUGGAGAUGAGCGAGAUGCAGUUGCGCCAAAUGGAGGCCCACUUCAACGAGAAGCUCCUGGAGCAAAGGAUAACCUUCGAACGGGAGCGCAAGGACAACGAGAUGCUGCACGAGGAGAAGAUGAUCGAGCAGAAGGCCAAGCUGGACCUCUUCUACGGGACGCAGAUGUUCGAGGUCGAGGAGCGGAAGAACCAGCAGAUCAAGGACCUGCAGGACCACCACGAUCUGGCCUUCAACGACAUGAAGAACUACUACAACGACAUCACCCUCAACAACCUGGCGCUCAUCGGAAGCAUGAAGGAGCAGCUGGAGCACCUGAGGAAGCAGGCUGAGCGGUCGGACAGGAUUGCAGCGGACACGGCGUACGAGAACCGCAAGCUGAAGGAGCCCCUGGAGCACGCCAAUAUCCAGUUGAACGAGUAUCGUCGGAAGCUGGAGUUCUACGAGAGGGACAAACAGCAGCUGCACCGCCUGAAAGGACGCAACACGCGGUUGGAGAAAAAGGUCAAAGGACUCACCUGGGAGGCGGAGACGCUGAUACUCCGCAACGAUUCCCUGGUGUCCGAGAGGGAGGGCCUCAAGGAGCGCUUCAACGACGUCAUCGUGGAGCUGCAGCAGAAGACCGGUCUGAAGAACGUCCUGUUGGAGAGGAAGAUCGCCGCCCUGAUGCGCGAGGACGAGAAGCGCAGCAUCGUCCUGCACGAAACCAUCGCCACCUGCGCGCCCAACUUCGCCGAAAAGCUGACCAGCCUGGACGAGCGGGUCGGCAGUAUCAUCGACGAGAAGAAUAAGAUUAUCCUGGAUCUGCGUUACGAGGUGGCCAAGGCCAGGAAGGCCCACGACGAUCUCUUGGAGACCUACGAGUGCAAGCUGAAGCAGUACGGAGUGCCCACCGACGAGUUGGGCUUCAAGCCCCUCAGGGAUCGGGAGACGCAGCAGCUCUAUGUCUGUGGUCCUGCGGGAAUUAUUACGGAGAACAAGUAGGACUCGUAGCUUCAGG